GGCCAAUAGCAUCGUGUAUGCACAUAGCGGAUAUUCCAUAUUCAGUGCCGUUCGUCGCGGAUAUCGUGGUAAAAGAGCGAAUACAGUGAUCUUCAUAUAAGGCCAAAACUAAAAUCUGAUCAUCUGGACUUGCUUUAACAUCUGCGUAAUUUUACCAGUAUAUUUUCAACAUAAAUUAACAUUUUUGCACCCGAAGAGAGCAUAUUAUUGCAACUAGCUAUAAAAUGGAUUUGGAGUUGAAAAAGGCCUUUACCGAAAUGCAAGUAAACAAAAUUGAAUCAACCAAAAAAAUUCGAUUAUUAGAUAUGAAGACCGACAAUUUGAAAGUCUCGAAGCAACGUGUGGAAUUAACAAAUAAAGAAGUGUCUCAGUUACAACCAGAUACCAAAGUUUACGCCUCGGUCGGCAGAAUGUUCGUGCUGUCCGAUGUCCUCUCACUGACCGAUGAAAUGCAAAAGAAACAAAACAAUUUCGAAGAAAUGAUCAAUCAGUACGAGAAAAAUAAAGAGUUCUUGUUAAAAAACUUAAAAGAACAAGAAGACAGUCUACGAGAGCUAGUACAGCAGAAGCGAUCAGAAUCUACUUCUAAAGAAAAUGGUACCGAUUCCAAGAAAGAUGAAAAUUAGGUUUGAACAAAACUUUAUGCAUAAGGAAAUGUUUCGGAUUACAAAACGUGUAAAAUUUAAUUAAUGCAUUUCAUUCUCAAUAAAAUUAUGGUACUUUAGCUAGUAUUUCAU